GUUUGUUUAUGUUUAUGUGAAAAAGUUGGAAGUUGGAUGUGAAAUUGAUUAAUUUGGUGAACUUUUCAAAAAUAGUGAUCAUUCUCGUAGCUAGAUUUAGAGCAAUUAACUAGACCUUUCAGCCAACAUGCCUGGGGACGACAUGCAUGAGCCGGAAACCCCGGCAACGCAGCGGCUGACAAACGAUGACUUCCGGAAGCUGCUGAUGACACCACGAGCCCCCGGCGGAUCUCACGCUGCGGGGUCGGUUCGCGAUGCGAUGGCCAAAGCGUCAGCAUCGAGCACGUCCAGCUCGGUGAUGAAGCCACCCUCUUCGGAGCGGCACGAAGCCCGCCGAAAGAAGAAAAACUUUUACGCCCAAUUGAAGAAGCAGGAGGACAAUAAGCUGCAGGAACUGGCCGAAAAGUACCGCGACCGUGCUCGGGAGCGACGAGACGGUGCCAAUCCCGACUACACGAAUCUGGAUCCGUCCAGCUCGACCAGUGGCUACCGAGCUGUGGCGCCGGACGUCAAAUCCGGACUGGACGCGGCCGAACGGCGCCGCCAGCAGAUUCAAGAGUCCAAGUUUUUGGGAGGUGACAUGGAGCACACCCAUUUGGUCAAGGGUCUCGAUUAUGCGCUGCUGCAGAAGGUUCGCUGCGAAAUCGUCGCCAAAGAGCACGAGCAGGAAGAUGAGAUGGAAAAGCUGGUCGACAUGCCGGCGCCGGAAGCUCCGCCGGUUCCGCAAGCGACUGCGUCCAAGCAGCCGGCCGUCAGCGAGAAGGAACCGGUCAAGGAUGAAAUCGAGUUCCGCACCGCGAUGGGAAAGAACAUCUUUCGCACGUUGGAGAUGCAGAGGUCCCGCCAUGUGGAGCGCAACGAAAUGUUCGCCCCCGGCCGGAUGGCGUACCACAUCGAGCUGGAGGAUGAGAACGCCGAAACGGACAUCCCGACGACGGUGAUCCGGUCCAAGGCGGAGGUCCCGCUGGUCGCUGGGGAUACCCAGACGCUCACGACCAACGACAUCGUCAUUAACAAGCUGGCGCAGAUUCUGUCCUAUCUGCGGCAAGGAGGCCGCGGCAAGAAGAACAAGCGCAGGGACAAGGACAAGCCGUUGUUCAAACUUCCGGAGGAUAAAAACAUGGACGAUUCCAUCUACGGAGACAUUGGCGAGUACAAACCGACUCGUCGUUAUGAUCAGGGUGCUUCUUCGUCUAAGGCGGACGACGGCCAGAACAAGCACAGAUACUUUGAUAAGCCGAGCGAGCAAGAGGAACGCGAAGCAAUUGGUGCCAUUCAGAUUCCAGCGCCGCCAAAGUUAUCAGCGCAACUGAUAACGAAGCUCACGGCAGAGCCGGAAGGAUACGCCGAAUGUUAUCCAGGUUUGCAGGAAAUGAACGAUGCUAUCGACGACUCGGACGAUGAGGUAGAUUACACCAAGAUGGAUCUAGGCAACAAGAAGGGCCCAAUUGGACGGUGGGAUUUCGACACACAGGAGGAGUAUUCGGAUUACAUGAGCAGCAAGGAAGCACUUCCGAAGGCGGCCUUCCAGUACGGCGUGAAAAUGCAGGAUGGGCGCAAGACGCGCAAGCACAAGACCGAAAAGAACGAAAAGGCCGAGCUCGACCGGGAGUGGCAGCAGAUUCAGAACAUUAUUCACAAACGUAAGGCCAAGGAGGGGGCGGGCGGCUCGAGUGAGGUUGACUUUAAAAAAGCCAAACAGUAAGGUUUGGCGUUGACUUUGUUCGAAUUGCUAUAAUACAAAUUAUAACCGCAACUUAUGAUGUGUUUCAACGUUUAACAUGAAUAAUCCAAAAAAGUAUAAUCUGAAAUCAAA